UUGGGAGCUAAGAGAGAGAUAGAAAGAAGAAAAACAAGAGGCACGAAUAGGAGAAAAGGAGGCUAACCAUAUCUCCUUUCAUAUUUCCAUCUUCACACAUUGCAUGUUAUUCAAAGCAAACAUUUCUCGGCUUGAUGAUGUUAAUGAUCUUCUCUCAUUUAAUGACGAUGCCGAUGAAACUAUCAUCAUCAGGUAUUCUUAUUUUAUUUAUGUGCCUUUCACAUGAAUGCACUGGUCGACAUCUUAGUAGCAUUGACAGUUUGGCCAUGGAUGACAAUGCAAUGCGUCUCAGCCAUCCCACCAUCAAGGGUUUUGAGAACGAUCUACUCACAGUUCCUGAUCAUUUGAACCUCAAAAUGACGGAAAACGGAAAGGAUCAGAGCAGUAAGGUUGAUAAUGAUCAUCGCAAGAAAACAGACUCUAAAUCACAGAGCAAGAAAGACGUAAACAACGACCAAAAGUUAAAGAAGGUUAAAGAAGAACAGGUUCAUCAUCAUCAUCAACAUCAACCUAAGUCACAUAACCUCAAAAUGACGGAAAACGGAAAGGAUCAGAGCAGUAAGGUUGAUAAUGAUGAUCACAAGAAAACAGACUCUAAAUCACAGAACAAGAAAGACGUGAAUAAGGACCAAAAGUUAAAGAAGGUUCAAGAAGAAGAGGUUCAUCAUCAUCAACAUCAACAUCAACCUAAGUCACAUACUAGUGUCACUUUUAGAGUCCCUCCUAGAAACAAGCGGAUACAUCAGCAACCUGGUUUUAAUCUUGAUUAUUCUCCACCAAAGACACAUCCUCCCAGUCACAACUAAGAAAGGUUGUUGCAUGCUUUCAUGUUACUUUCCUUAUCUUACUUAUAAACUACAAAAGGGAAAAAGAGGAGUUUUCUUCUCUUUAGAUCUCAGAGGAUACAUAUAUAUAUAUGAUAUUAGUAUGUAGCGAAGUUAUCAAUCUGAAAAUAUGUUUUUAUUUAGGGUUUUAGGUUUUGAGUGAGCCUCUUCAUAUUAGUAAUCGUCAUGUUCGUUAUCAAUAUAUACUACCUUUGCUGGAAAGUAUCAACCUAAAAAC